AUGUUACGGGGUGCAUUACACUCCAAAGAUAUGCUCCUCCGAGUUAAGAUCUCACCUAACUACCCUGAUCCACCACCUUAUGCUCCUACAACUACGGCUACCACCGAUGAUCCUACCACCGCUUUUCCUGUGCAGCAUAAGCAGCUCAGUGCCGAUCUUGUCUAG